GGAAGCACGGCGCCUGUGUUUGACUCCAGCAACCGCGAGAUCAGAUCGACGCCAAUCCCUUUGAUCUCAAAACAAGACUUCACUGAGGAUAUUGACUCUCCUAAGGCAGAGUGUGGACAAUGAUCACCACACGUUGAGAGAUCAGCGAGAAGUGAGGUGAGACAGACAGGUGGAACUCUCGGGGUAUGUACAGUUCUUACUCGGGAUGGCUCUUUUUCCCCUCUGGUACCAAGCCGAUACAUUCUACUAGUCACGUUUAUGGACGUGAACUGCUAAAUAGUGACACCUAAAAACAGCACAGCACUGAAGGUGAACUGCUUUGGCUUUGUUAGAAUGUAAAGACAGCAUGACAUGUUUUACCAGCAUGAAUAGAUGUCAAAUGUGGCAAAAAUAUUGAAAUAAUAUACUAAUAUUAUAAUAAACAACACAAAAAUACUAGGCUGUAGACCUUGUUUGAUGACAUUACAGCAUGUCACGUAAAGCAAAAUCGAAUGGAUUUGAGUUUAUGCAUGGGAUCAGCUGGAUUCUAGAAUUUUGCCUGGAUCAAGCCUGAUAACCAUGUCUAGUUCUUAUAUUACAAAACUGUUUCUUGAACAUUUCUUCUAGAGUUGAUCAACAAUUUCCUCACUGUGAGAUCUGCAUAAAAUGUUCCUCAUUUUUAUACAUAUCAACUUCAUAUCUCCUUCCGGAAAGUUUGGUGCACAAAGACAAGAUUGUAUUAUCGUCUUCCAUAGGAAAAUAAAUACAUAAUUGACUUCAUAAACCAUUUCCACUCCUCAAUACUCUUCACCAAGUGGUUAAACUUCAACCCCGCAUUCUACUCUUUGACUCGGGCGCCAAGAAUAAAAGUAAUCAUUUCCAAAACAUCAGAGAAAAGUCACAAAUGUCUCAGGCCAGUGAGGGCUAGUGUUCCCCUUUCAUUUCAGCUCAUCUCCAAACCUGUCAUGAAUAAAUGAUACGGUAUGACUAACGACGGAUUGGCCGUUCACUAGACGGUAACACGUCAGGCACCUGAGCUUCACAGUAUUUCCAGUCGUACUAGUUCGAGCAAGCCACGAUACAAGUGUAUCCAGACCAUGUCGAACCACACAUCACAUUGGCAGUUUGGAAACGCUGCUUUCGCCUCGUUUAUCAAACAGAAUACACUUCUGAACACGUCGUAUGGAGGUGGAAACGGUAGAAUUGGCGAAUCGUGGAUAUGCACACAUCCCUCAGCUAACUAGCCAUCAACACGACAGUGACGUUUCAGUCAAUAAUGAGCGCUAUUUCCAACACACACACACACAGACAGACGUAUUACCCACUGAUGUACAGUUGGCGGAACACUGGUCUCUUUGAAGAGGAGUCAGUUGAGUGUCAGCGGAGGCUCUGUGACUCGGUCCCCAUGUCUUCAGUCGCAGAGGAAGUCAGUUAGCUUACCGCUAAGCUAGCUGUAGAAGAAGCCUACUUCCGGGUUUCCGAGUGAGUCAGGUGGUCUGACGUCAGAACUGCCGCCUGACAGCGUUUGGAAAUACGCUCCAUUAACAUCCACCUUUUACCUCCUCAUUCAUUUUUUCCAUUCUCUUUUUGAAUUGUUUCGUGCUUGUGUUUUUUUGAUAAACAUUCCUCCGUAAUUCAACGUGCGAUCCUCGAGAAACGACGUCACAGUUUUGACGAGCUCGUAUGCAUUUAUAUCACCUCAGUGAUUUAUUACUAAUAUGAUCAUAAACUCAUUGUGACGUGCGCUGUUCUGCUGUGAACACAAUUUUAUUCUGAGUCAUCUAAAAAUCAGCAACAGCUUGUGCCUCAUCCAAUCUUAUUCCAUGUCCAUUAUUCACGAUCCACAGUUUAACUUGACAUUAUUUUUAUUACAGAUAAUCUGAAGUAUUUAGGAUUAAUAUUUAACAUGUUUCAGUCCAUCUUUUUCUUAGUUCGCAGUCGAAAUGAAUAUUUUAAAGAAUGCCUUAAAAACAUGGGAUUUCAGCCAACAAUAAAAAGUACCAAUAAAUUAUGACCAAUCUUGUCUGUAGUAGAAUGAUCUGAUACUGGCUUUGACCAGCGAUGUGAGCUUUUUUUAAUUUAACAGCUGGUUGGUUCAUGAAACGGCACAAAUGAAGACUGCCAUUCAGAAGAUUCCUGAGAGUAGAAGUGCUCAAUUCUAUGCAAAUUGACCACAGGACGCAGUCAGAUGAAAGGGUUAUUUUUUAAAUAUAAAAAUAACCAGCUAACAAACCACAUGCCAGUUUUCUCCAGCCAUCGUACAAAAAUGCGUAAACAACAAUUAAGGAAAACGUUUGCGAAUGACUCAAAUACCCCUCUGGUUCACAGGUUACAGACUUCAGUUAGAGAUUAUAACCUUCCCUCUCAGCAGGCAAUGCACAGCAUUUAGUUCAAUAAAAGACAUAUUUUUUAUAAAAAAGACAAUGUUUCCCUUUGACACAAUUUUGUUAUUAACUAACAGUGUGGAUCAGAUUAUCUUUAACCUGUUUACAGUUAGUUCAUCCACGACCUCCAAAGUUUCUGGGAAGAUGAGUGCACACAAAAGGCAUCACUGGAUCAACAUCUGCAUGAGCAGUGUAGAUGACGCUCAAGUAUUAAAACUGAUUCAACAUCAAUCAUGAGAGCAAAAUCUAAAAAGACCUUCAAGAACUGGCAAGUGCUGAAAAUCAAGAGUCAAGUGCGUCAAGCUGGGCUCUCCGCGCUUCCCUCAGGGUGUCAGGAGGAGCUGGAGAGAUGCUGGAGGAAGACGACAGGAUGGUGUUUCUCAAACUCUUUGAGCAGCUGCCUCUUCUCCUUGACGGGCAGCUCCUUGUUGGAGGAGAUAUGGUGAAGAAGCUGCUUCAGGUUCUCCAGAGUGGCAGCUUCCCGCCGGUCCUCAAACUCCUGGGGCGUUACUUGCUGGCAGAAGGUGAAGGCUUCAACACAACGGGCAGAAUGGAGACAUGAGGAGCGGAGGAUGCGCUCAGGGGCCAGUACGAUCGGGGGAACAUCGCACCCAUGUGGACCGUUUUAAAACUGCACUGAGGUCAAGCUCAUUUCAUCAAUACCACAAAAUCUAGAGGUAAAAAUGAGUUAUACCAAGAAAAACAGUGAUGUAUUUAAAGAAGUGCUUACUGGUGAUGGAGUCAAAGUCUCCGCCCUUCUGCAUUGUCCUGAGUGUCUUCUGAACAGCGUCAGUCAGAGAGGAAGGAACCUGGAUAGGUAAUGAACACUUUUAUUUAUAGAAAAUCCCCCACGUGUGUGAGAUAUUCUCAUGAUAAAGUGAGCUACAUCUCUACCUGGAAAAGUGUGGUGUGACUGUCCAUCAGAAACUGCACCAGGGUCUCACACUGCCAUCGCGUCAGCUCUGGGUUUUGGACCACAGCCCGCUGAAAGAUGCAGGAGACAUUCUGACGGUCAGAAGCGGCAGCACUGAUGGACCUGUUUUUGAAGACGGCAGGCGCUCGGCUCAGCAGCGGCAGCCAUGAAGGCCAGAAGCCUGCGAAGUUCAUCCCUCACACUGGGCUCCAGCAGCCGCAGGCAGAGCUGCGAAGCUGUGAGGGCUUCAGGCAUCUUCCCAUCACCUGAAGAGGAAGCUCCUGGGUGAACGAAGGACCUUUAAAAAGAGAGGAGUGAAGCUGGACGGCGAGCACCGUCUCAGGCCAUUUCGCCGUUUGGAAAGUUGCAUGAGUUACAGACCAAGAUGCCCCUCAACAACGAGUGUCCCUCCACCUCGUCCAGCGGCGAGGACCAGGGAAGCGACGCCGAGUCGACGUCAGGACGCUGCGACAGCAUGACGUCCAACAGUGACCUGGACUGCUCCAGGAAGAGUUCCACCAAUGAAGGCUCCAGCAAACACUGCACUCCCUCUUCGAGUCCACCCCGAGUCAUCACACUGGACGAAGUCAUGGAGUCGGCUCAGGACCUGUCCAAUCUUUCCUUUGCACAUGAGAUUAUUGUAAACCACAACCUUCGCCUGGAGCCUGGUAACCUACCUGAGGGCAGUUUGUGGAAAAUGGUUCGGGACAACGUUCACAAGGCCUUCUGGGACAUUCUGGAGUCUGAACUGAAUGACGACCCACCGGAGUACCAACAAGCCAUCCGGCUGUUGGAGGAGAUCCGAGAGAUCCUGCUGUCCUUCCUCAAUCCUGGACAUAAUCGUAUGCGCACCCAGAUCAUGGAGGUUCUGGACAUGGACCUGAUCCGGCAGCAGGUUGAGAACGACGCUGUAGACAUUCAUGGCCUCGCCUCAUAUAUCAUUACGACCAUGGAGAAGCUGUGUGCACCAAUCAGAGAAGAGGAAAUCAAGAAGCUCAGAGGAAACACCGACAACAUCGUCCACAUGUUCAGGGAAAUCUUCCGAGUGUUGGACCUCAUGAAGGUGGAUUAUCUCAACUUCUCCAUUGAGAUGUUGAGGCCCGUGCUGCAGAGGCAGAGUGUUGAGUACGAGAGAGCGACCUUCCAGAAGAUUCUGGACAAAACACCAAGUGCUCUGGACCACACCACAGCCUGGAUCAAGUCGUCCCUGGAAGGACUUCUGUCGACCAUGAACUCCCCAAAUGAGCCCAGCGGACAAGCCAAAGAGCAGCAACUCGUGCCAAGUCCUUUCCGAGUUCUGAAUGCUGCUUUUCUGUGCAUCCUCUCGUGGGACCACAGUAAGAACCCGCUGCCCGAGACGCUGAUGACCGAUGAGGCGUCUCUGCGUGAGCUGCAGUGGCAGCUCCAGCGGUGCCAAGCUGUAAACGAAGUGCUGCUCAUCGUCAGCAGCACGGUGGGAGGACCGAUCCAGGGCCUGUCGUCUCUCUCUGACCGCCUGAAGAGGAUGACCAGUGUGCUGCUGGACGGCAUGCACAGGCCGGACUAUCAGCUGGACGAGUCGCUGAAGAGCGUGGCUGCUCAGAUCUGCUGUGAGAUCAACAAGUCUUUGACGGAGAGGAGCUUCGCUCCGCUGACCCCAGCUCUGCAGGCCACUCUGACGGGACAGAUCUGCAGCAUCACCCAGCCAGACAACCCGAUCCGCAUGCUUGUCGAGGAUCGCGUGCACAAGUACUUCAUGGGACUAAUUUGCGAUCCCAAUCGCAAAGAGAAACUCGAACAAGUGCCGGCUGGUCUGACUGCUAUCAAACCUGAGCUGGCGGUUAUCGGUGCUAAGUUCGUCUCGCUGGUCAAGUACAACAGAGCCGUCUAUGGACCUUUCUAUGCAGACAUCAUCCGGAGGCUGAUGUUCAGCCAAGGCGGCUCGCCUCCAGCGCAGCCGCACCAGGAGGCGACCCAGGACUCUGGCAGCAGAGUGGAAUAGACGUCUCAUUUCAGCACUUGAAUUGCUAUCGUGUGGCUGACCCUUGAUGAACUGUAGUACAGGCAGCAGAUGUGUUCCAGAUGUACAAAUGUUUUCCAGCGUAACUUCAACAGCAAUAUUUAUAGACAUGACUUGUGUGCUGAGUAAUCCGCCCUCGAAUGGGAGGACCUUUUUAUGUCUAAAACUUGAGUAAAAUAACAGAAAAAACACUGUCGUUUUAUAUGCCAUGUAGCGCGUCACGUUUUUCUAUAUCAUUGUAUAGACCCGUUAACAAUAGUAAGUGCCAAGUUGACUCAUAACUGCUUUACCUCUUUCCAGUGCUCAGCAUUUCUGCACACUAAAAGUUGCAUAUUAGGAUUUCCGUUAUCGUCUGACGUUGAGUUACUUUUUCUCUUUUCUCCUCAUGAUUUUUUUAACCUGAUGGGAAUGGGCCUUGCAUACUGAUGUCAUGGUUUGCAUGAGUAGUUCUGUGUUCAUGAUCAUAAUAUUUUUACUUGCGUGUUGCAUCGUAUGUGACUUCUUUGUUUUUUGUCCGAUGAUGUUGCUUAUUUGAGGAGUUUUCGUUGUGUUUGAUUUACUGGAUGUUGCAGUAUAACCUGUUGGCUCUUAGAACCUGAGGUGUUACAGGAAGGGGUGCUGAGGAGCAUUAUAUACAUGUUUACAAGGAAACAUGGAGACUAAUGCUGUGUUCUUGACUUUCAAAAUAAAAUGUCAAAACAA